AUGAAGGGAUACAAGUAUUGUUUGUGUUAUUUACAGUUCGUGAGUUUUAUCACUGAACUACACAUGUCUUGGAUUUGUCCUGGAUACUAUUUCUUCCCACUGAUUGGUGGAUAUAAUACUGGUGCCGAAUUUAUCAGCUCUCAUUUGAGUAUGACCCUUUAUGUCUUCAUAUUUGCAUUCGAAUUGCCUUCUACUCUAUCCUGCUUCAUUUUUCGACAUAAAGCAGCUGAAGAAAUCAGUCGGACGAAUCCCAGCAAAAUGUAUGUUGAAAAGUUUAUGCUUAUUUUGUGUCAUAUUUUUCCGUUCGCUGGAGCAUUUGCCAUGUUUAACUCUCAGCUGACAUUUGAACAAAAAUAUGAUUAUCUGCAAAAAAAUUGGCCAGAAUGCAUGAUUUGGAUGAAAUUUGAUGCUUUUGAAGUUUAUGAUUAUGUUCUAAAUCCUUGGUUAGCUGUUGUCGGAAUAGGAGCCAUCUCGUUUGUUUUGUUAGUUUACGGAGCUGGCAACAGAUACAAUGUUCCUUGUGGGCUCACACUCGAUGUGUUCUUGCGCCGUGAUGACUUUGAGCAAUCCGAAAUAUCGGAAAUUUUUGAAAAAGAAAGUUUACGAGGAUUUCAGAUUCAAAAAUUUGGGGAAUACGAAUACGGUAGAGCCAAUCAGCCAACGGACAAAUAG